AAACGAUUGAGUUUGACUUGUGGCAUCGGAGAGUAUGUAUCGAGAAUACGAUGUGAAGAGAGCUCACCUCCUGAGGAACCUCAGCAAGAAGAAGAUCCAGUGAAUGAUACGGAUAGAGAACGGAUAGUAUUGGAUAAAUUUGGCAGAAAAGUUGAUAGUUCUGAGACGAAUGAUGCCACCACAUGUAUGCAACGAACAUGGCGAUACAGUCAAGAGAUACUCCAAUAUUCAGGUGAGCAUUCAAACACGGCUAAUACAUCGUCGCGUAUGUGUGAUGAUAACAGGUUCAAUGACCUACCCGCACCACCGCCCCAUCCGACUGAUCCUGAACAGAUACGCAGAUUGAUUCGUUCGAAAAUGGUUCGAUGUAAGAAAUGUGGGAGUCGUUUCAUUGAGAAGAAUAUUCUGGAAAGACACUUACGUGACAAUCAUCCGAUUGAAUACGUCGCUUUUUUGAAACAACAGGAGGAUGAAAUCAAUGAACAACGAUUGGCUGAAAUCGAAGCGAAUCGAAUUGAAGAGUUGGCAUCCGGUGGAUUCAUUCCUCCAGAAGACGCGAUUGCUGCGAAUAGUUUCGAUGUGGAAUUAAAAGAUAUACCAUUACCGGGCGAGUUGAGCGGUGGAAAACCGGCACGUUUCGACGGGCAAGGAUUUCUUCGGCAACCGAAACGAAUUUUCAGAAAAAAGAUCUCACCGCAGUGUCCGUUUUGUGAUAAACGUUUUCGAAAUGAAGUAUCACUGAAGAAACACUUUAAAAAGAAGCAUCCGGAUUCGUUGGAGUUCACUCAGUGCCUGAAAUGUUUUAAAGCGAUUCCAUCUGAAGAUAAACUACCCACUCAUCAAUGCGAUUUGUCGUAUGUAUGUUUCGAGUGUACACCAAUUCGGAAUCUAUGCACACAAAGACGACUCUACUUUCAUCGUUCGAAGUUUCAUCGUGGCGCUAAUUCUGGAUUCAAGUGUAAUUUGUGUACAAUGAAGUUUUUGACACCUCGCAAACUGCGAAAGCACAAGAAAAUGGCUCACGUCUUCACGAGAACGUAUCAGUGUCAUUUCUGUGAAGAGCUCUUCACCAGCGAAUGCUCGGUGAUAACACACGAACGCAUCCAUACGGGUAUCAUAAAGUUUGAAUGUCGUAUAUGCGAUUAUAAAUGUAAUCGCUUCAUAAACAUGGAACAGCAUCAACGUGAAGAGCACGGCUACAUUUGUUCGGUGUGUCAUACGAAGUUGGCUGAAUGGAGUGAACUCAAAAAUCAUACACUUCAAGAGCAUGGUGGUUAUUUAACGAUCGAAUCGAAUACAGGUUUGCCAGUUUUGUUUCUUCUAAUCUAUUUGUUUUUGGACAAACUUGUUGAGGUGAACUAG